AUGCAGGGCAAGGGAGACAAAUUCAUGAUGCAGGCCAGGGAUAUCCAAGUGAUCGACAACGACUGCGCCGUCAAUGUUGUUUUCAAUCUCCCCCAAGUUCACAAGGAUGAGAAGGUUUCGUCGCCUCGACGCGCGACUUAUCAUCCCCCUCCGAAGAGAUUCUUGAGGUCGAGGCCAGGAAGCGCAUGCAUGUCCGAUCCUGGAUCUGAUCUUUCCUCAAUGAUGAGGAGCAGCUCUGCUACAGACCUCCAGCAAACGCGAGUGGAUGUGAAUAUGCCAAAUAGAGGAAUGACCCGCUCGUGCUCAGACAACAUACUGCACGCUCUGACGGGAUUUGGACAUGACGAGGAGAUGUCAGAGUAUGAGAAGAGCAUCAUCGCCCGAAGAAUGCGGAACCGUCAAGUAGGAGUGCAGAUAGCAAGGGAGGAGAGCCGACCCCUGGCAAGGUUCAUUACGGUUCACUUGUGA